AUGGCCUUUGGGAAGUCAGUUUCUCCUGGUGGAACGGCAUCAGGAGGUUUGGCUGUGGGAAAAUUAGAACCACCCCCGACUCUUCCUCCUGCACCUUUGUCAACACUGCGGCGAAGGAAAGCAGCCGCAGUGACAAACACACCGCACGCCCUGUGUCUCUUUGCCACAGACAACACUCACAGAAGCUUCACGAUGGCUGUGGAGUGCCCCCAGCUGGACCCGGACUUGCUGCGGGAGGUGUUCGAGUGCCCCAUCUGCCUGGAGACCUACAACCAGGAGAGCAUGAGGCCCAAGCUCCUGCAGUGCGGACAUACCGUGUGUCGCCAGUGUUUGGACAAGUUAUUAGCCAACACCAUCAACGGCGUGCGCUGCCCCUUCUGCAGUAAGGUCUCCAGGAUGAGCAGCAUCUCCCAGCUCGCCGACAACCUCACCGUCCUGAAGAUCCUGGACUGCACCGCCUCCUGCAGCGCGGCCACGGCUGCUCUGAUGUGUAAGUCCUGCCUCACCCGUCUCCCGCGUCAGUAUUGUCACGAGUGCGCCGUCGUUUUGUGUGAAGCGUGCAAAGGAGAGGGCCACGUGCUCCAAGGCCACAACAUCCAACCGAUCAGAGGCGCCGCGGAGAAGAGACGCAAAGACCUCGGAGCCAAACUGGAAUCCCUGCGCGAUGUCAUGGACGAGAUCCAGAAGAAGAAGACGGUGAUUGAGAAUAUUUCGAAAACGUUGAGGUGUAAAUACAGAGCGGUCCAGCAGGAUUAUGCCACGGCGGAGUUGAGGCUGCAGGAGGAGCUGGGCCGAUCUCGCAGAACCUUCACGGCCGCCAUGUCGGUGCUGGAGAAGUCCAACGGGCAGAUCCUGGAGGAGCAAAUGUACUUGUUCAACGUGGCGGAGGUCAAAGUAGUCUCUCGCUGCGACUAUCUGACGAUGCAAAUGCGGCAGAGUGACACCGCUUUGCUAAAGGAAGGCAGCGGCGGCGACGAUGACGAAGUGGAUAUUAAAAGUACUUUGCCUACGACCUUUAAAGUCCAGGAGCCGGUGUUGGUGGUAACGCAACAGUCCGAGUCUCUGGAGGUGGGGAAGCUAUCGGCUCAGUCUUACACCGUGAGCACAGAAGACGAGGAACAUCUUUUAGACGUAGAUUUAGCCGGAGCUGUGGGGCCUUCGUUAGAUCUGUACAGAGACGUGGAGGCGUUCGGAGGCGGAGAUGAAGCCGUGUGCAGUUCUCCGGCCAGUUUUAAGUCCAAGUCUCUGGACGCAGCCGAGCCUCCCCGAGGGGCCAGCUGCGACCUCCCCGCCUGCCAGUUCGUGAAGAAGAUGGGCAGUAAGGGAACAAUGCCGGGUUUGUUUAACUUACCUGUGAGUAUUUGCGUCACUCUUCACGGAGAGGUCCUGGUGGCCGACCGUGGGAACUACCGCAUCCAGAUUUUCAACCGCAAAGGAUUCCAACGAGAGAUCCGGCGCAACGCUAGCAGCAUUGAUAAUUUUGUUCUGAGCUUCUUGGGAGCGGACCUGCCCAAUCUCAUUCCGUUAUCCAUCGCCGUCACGCCACAGGGACUCAUUGGAGUGACCGACAACUACGACAACUCGGUGAAGGUCUACACCAUGGACGGGCAGUGCGUGGCCUGCCAUAAGAACCAGCUGAUCAAACCCUGGGGGAUCGCCGCCAUGCCGUCCGGACAGUUUGUGGUGUCUGACGUGGAAGGAGGCAAGCUGUGGUGUUUGGAAGUGGACCGGAACAUGGGCGUGGUCAGCUACACGCGCCUGUGCUCAGCCGUGCGUCCAAAGUUUGUGACGUGUGACGCCAGAGGGACCGUUUACUUCACUCAGGGUCUGGCUCUGAACUUUGAGAAGUGCCACAGCGAGCCUCAUCUGGAAGGCGGCUUCUCCAUUGGGUCUGUGGGCGCGGACGGUCAGCUCGGGAAACAGUUCAGCCACUUCUUCUCCGAGGCCGAGGACUUUCGCUGCAUCACUGGGAUGUGCGUGGAUAACAACGGGGACUUGUUGGUCACGGACAGCGGCAGAAAACAAAUCCUUCAGUUUCCCAAAGAAGGCGGCUUCAAAAUCCUGAUCCAGGAAGGACUGACGUGUCCCGUGGGAGUCGCCACCACACACAAGGGACAGCUGCUGGUUCUGGACUGUUGGGACCACUGCGUCAAAGUCUACACCUACGUCCAGAGACGCCACUCCUCUACGUUAUAG